AUGCUCCGCCGCGCCCUCCUCUCCUCCGCCUCCCCACUCCACGGCAGGGCACGAAUCCCGAGACCCAGCCACUCUCCUAUCCAAGCCCUCCUCCCCCAAUGGAGCAGGUACGCCUCCGUGGCCUCCUCCUCGGUCCCGCCGCAGCCGCCGCCGCCACCCCCUCCAUCUCCGCCUCGAGGUCCGUCGAGGUCGGGCGAUGGCGGUCCCACUGUCUCGUCGCUGAACCCUGCAGAGGUCGCCAAGUUCGCCUCCAUCGCCGAGACCUGGUGGGAUUCUAGUGGUCCAUUCAAACCUUUGCAUGUGAUGAAUCCAACCCGACUGUCUUUUAUCCGCUCCACUCUUUGUAGACACUUCAGGAGGGAUCCAAAUUCAUCUAAGCCACUUGAAGGUCUCAAAGUUAUUGAUGUUGGAUGUGGAGGUGGCAUUCUGUCAGAGCCUCUUGCUCGAAUGGGUGCUACGGUUACUGCAAUUGAUGCUGUUGACAAGAAUAUAAAGAUUGCAAGUAUUCAUGCGGCAUCUGAUCCAACAACUGCUUCGAUUGAGUAUUGUUGUGCAACAGCUGAGGAACUGGUAAAAGAGAAAAGGCUGUUCGAUGCUGUAAUUUCUCUUGAGGUGAUUGAGCAUGUCGCUAAUCCUUUGGAGUUCUGUGAAUCCCUCUCGGCUUUGACAGUUCCUAAUGGUGCCACUGUGGUUUCCACAAUCAACCGUUCAAUGAGAGCAUAUGCCACUGCAAUAGUUGCUGCUGAGUAUAUCCUCAGAUGGCUUCCUAGAGGCACACAUGAGUGGUCCAAACUGGUUACCCCUGAGGAGCUGGUCCUAAUGCUGCAAAAGGCUUCUGUCUCCGUUGAAGAGAUGGUAGGGUUCGUUUACAAUCCGUUGAGUGGAGAAUGGUCCCUGUCAGAUGAUAUCAGUGUAAACUACAUUGCUUUUGGCGUCAAGAAGAGCGAAGCAUCGUCAACAAAUGGCAGAGAAGCAAGUUUAUCAUAG